AUGAAUCACGGUACACUCGUCAUUCGUGGAGAAAAGGUUACGUCGCGAAAUGUAAGCGGUGUUGGUUUUGCUGUGCACCCAUUUGUCGUCCAUCUUGUCGAUUCUCACGAGAUCCUGUCACCUCGUCUGGCCAUUCUUCGCCUCCGCCGUCUGCGCCAAAAACCCAUCAGUAUCAACAACUGCUACUCACCAACAUCAGCAGCUGACGAAUCCGAAUUGGACGCGUUUUACGAGGAGCUGGAGGAAGUGAUCAGCAACGAGAAGUCCUUCUACAAAUUCGUUGUUGGAGACUUCAACGCAAAACUAGGAAAGGCCACAGAAAAGGAAUACAGGAUCGGAAGAUUUGGACUGGGGGACCGGAGUGAAAAUGGCAAUCGUCUCGCCGGGCUGUUGUCCCCCACUCGCCUCUUUCGUGAGAACUCUCGUUUCAUGAAGAAAGAUAAUCGUCGUGGUUCUGAUCACGGUCUCCUUCGUGCGAAAAUACGACUUAGUCACACGAUGGAAAAGAGCAUCUGCUAUCAGCAGCGAAGGAGAAAAGAAGUCGUCUACGACGACUGCGUACCCGAGGACUCCGUGUUCUAA